ACGUGAGUCCCGUCAUAUCCGCGCAGUAUUGCAUGUGCGGUCCUCCGGUACUGACUCGGAGGGGGGGGCAGAUAUUCGGCUGGAGCCCCUCUGAUCAGAGACCACGGCGCUCCUGGACGGACCCGAGACCCGCGGACCGAGCUGUGCUGUCUGAAUGCAUGCGGGAGCGCGCCUGUGCUCGUUAACGCGCCACAGCGUUGCUGUUCACGUUGGAAGCGGAGCGCCGAGCCAUGCUGGCUCCGUUCGGCGGAGGCGUGUGGUGGCGUGACUGACGGCGCCCUCCCCCGUUACACACGCACAGCGCGCCGCACACCAAAUUUGGCCUCGCCUUCCUGCGCGCUCCCGCGUCGCUAUGCUGCUCAGCGCUGCGGUGCGCGCCUGCAGGCGCGUGCCCGCUGUCGCCGCUUUCCCGCGCACUCGAAGUUGGACCGACGGGCCCGGAACACCGCCGCUGAGGCUCUCCAGCACCGUAGCAGCGCCGUACUACCGGAGGAUGGAGUACCAGGAUGCGGUGUGCACCCUGAACACCCUGCAGACGAACGCCAGCGCGCUGGAUCAGGUGCGCCGAGAACGUGGACACCCAGAGAUCCAGCUGCAGGCUAUGAGGGGGUUCCUGCAGCGUGCAGGCCUCAAGGUUGAAGAGCUCGAUCAUCUCAACAUCAUACAUGUCACGGGAACUAAGGGAAAGGGUUCCACGUGUGCCUUCACAGAGCAGAUCCUGAGGAACUACGGCUUCCGUACUGGAUUUUACAGCUCUCCACACCUGGUUCAGGUGAGAGAGAGGAUCCGUAUAAAUGGGCGUCCGAUUGAGAAAGACCUCUUCACCAAGUACUUCUGGCAGGUGUACAACCGACUGGACGAGACCAAGGAGUCCCACGGCGGCACCAUGCCAGCGUAUUUCCGCUUCCUGACCAUCCUCGCCUUUCACGUCUUCCUGCAGGAGAAGGUGGAUGUCGCAGUCAUUGAAGUGGGGAUAGGUGGAGCCUAUGACUGCACCAAUAUAAUCAGGAGGCCGUGGGUGUGCGGGAUUUCCUCACUGGGCAUUGACCACACCAGCAUCCUGGGGGACACGAUAGAGAAGAUUGCCUGGCAGAAAGGAGGGAUAUUUAAGCCUGGGGUUCCAGCAUUCACAGUGAAGCAACAAGAGGGACCGAUGACCGUCUUACAGCAAAGAGCCGAGGAGAUCGGGUGCUCCCUGUCUGUGUGUCCUGAGUUGGGUCAAUAUCAGAGUCUGGGUGUGGAGCCGGUGAAGCUGGGGCUGGCUGGGCUACACCAGCGAUCUAACGCCUCCCUCGCACUCCAGCUCACACACUGCUGGCUCCAGAGGCGCUGCAGCACAGCAGAGGCGGCCGUGGAGUCUGCAGCAGGCUUUGGAGGCUUCGGUACGGCUCCGGUGUUCGAGCCCAGCCCACGCAUGCUGAAAGGUUUGGCGGAGACUGACUGGCUCGGCCGGAAUCAGACGCUGACCCAUGGAGGCAUCACGUACUUUCUGGACGGAGCUCACACCACGCGCAGCAUGCAGGCCUGCGUGAGAUGGUUCAGUGAGGCGGCCGCACAGCACGAGACGAACACCACGGGGUCACUGGUGCGAGUGCUGCUGUUCAACGCCACCGGAGAGAGGGACUGUGCCGCCAUGCUCAAGCUGCUCGUGCCGUGCCAUUUCGAUUUCGCUGUGUUCUGUCCCAACAUCACUGAGGCCAUCGCUACGUGCAACGCAGAUCAACAGAACUUCAACGUCUCUGUGGAGAACAUGCUCACCCGUUGCUUGGACAACCAGCAGAGCUGGCGCGUCCUAAACGGUCGGGAGGAAAAGCCGGAGGCGGAGUUUCUGAUCGGCGAUGGUCUCCCCCUGGUGGCGGAGCAGCGUAGUGCGACGCUGGUGUUCCCUUGCAUCCUGAGCGCCCUCCGGUGGAUAACGCAGGGAAAAGACCCGGUGCUGUCCGACCCCAGCAAGCACCUAAUCCCUGUGAAAGUUAGCGUUAACGCUAAAGCCGCGCCGCUGCGAGCGGCCUCAAAUAUCCACGUGCUAAUCACAGGGAGCUUACAUUUGGUGGGCGGGGCUCUGAAACACCUGGAGCCUUCCCUGGCAUCCUAACACACUUGUGCAUGUGGUUAGGCGAGUAUUCACCAGCGGGGUAGUCACAGAGCAGCAUGUCAGUCGGCUGGGCAACUUGAGUCCGUUCUAAUUGGAGAAUCCUCACUUUUGGCUUAAGUAAUCCAGCUUUACUUCAAAGUCUUGUUUUGCAAAAAAAAGCCCUGGCGGUUCUUCUCGUGACUAACCUUAAUUCAGAGCCUGUAGAUACUCGUAAACUGGGCCUUGCACAACCAGCCUGCUGUAAAAACCUUCCUAUUGAGUUGACCUGCUACCACAUCGCCACCAAGUGGCCGCAACGAGCAGGAGUCGAAAGCACUUAGUUCUUCACCUGUGCCUUCUCGUGCAGGACAGGCCGCUGUGCUGCUUCUCUGUGGAAAUGUCCACAGAACCCGUGACGUAGAUGUAAUUAAACUUGGAUAAAAUCGCACCGUAUUUUUCAGGACUGAUCCGAAUCUGUCGGGAUAAUCUAGAAUCAGGCUCGUGGACCUCGAGCUGUUAUUGACCCUGAAGGCUGGCUUUUCAGGCACUACUUUGCAUCGGGGUGGGUAACAAGGCCGAUAUACUAUCUCACAAGCACAUUAACACGUUUUGGCAUUACACGGUAUUUAGUUUGAUACGUUGGUAAAGGAGAGAGUGCACUAGUGGUGCCACGUUUGCAAAAAUGCCGUGAAAAAACGGCAUGAAUUUUAUUUAACGUCUCCCAAACUGCACUGCACUAAAUCCAGUGAACCAGGACUAAUGAUGUGAAGAGACACGUAGUUGGAGUUCCUCUGGGUUCUGUUGACGUCCACGAUAUGCUUUGAAAACUGUAUCGUGGCAUAAUUGAUCACGAUAACGAUAGAUAUCGUCAUAGUGCCAACCUCUGUUUUCCUUUGAGUCCUUUUAGGCGCCGUUUACGACUAGGGCUGCAUGAUAUGGGCAGAAAACCGGAUUGCGAUGUGUUCCUUGCAUGUAUUAAAACACAGUGGUUUAAAUAUCAGUCUGUAUUAUUUUUCACCACUAUUGUUUCUUUUGUGGCCGUUUUAAAACCCCAAAUAUACAAGCAAGCUCAUGCACACUGGCUGUGAUUGGUCAGGGUGCUCAGUAAAAUGAGUGUCGAAGCUCAUGUGCGUAUAUGCGAUGGAACGAUGGUGCCAGUAUCGCAAUAAAGCCUGUGAAGCGAUAUAUUGGGCGGCCCAAUUCAAGACUGCAGUGAGCUGUAGACCUUAGAACUGGAGUCAAGCUUGAAGCUCUGAGUCUAAAACAUACAGAUCUGCACGUACAUGCGAGACACUACUACUCCAUCUGAACGUCUCCAUCUGUCCUUCAUCUGAACUUUCGGUUGGUGGUUGGUUAGUGUAGUGGGUAACACCUCUGCCUUCUAUGCUGUAGACUGGGAUUCAAUCCCCACCUGGGCAAACACCCUACACUAUACCAAUAUGAGUCCUUGGGCAAGACUCCUAACACCACCUUGGCCUCCCUGUGUAACAAUAAUCACGUUGUAAGUCGCUCUGGAUAAGAGCGUCAGCCAAAUGCCGUAAAUGUAAAACGUCUUUCUUUGUCAACGCUGUGGCUGAAGUGGGUUGUCUUAUAUUUGAAGCUUCUUUAAAGGGAAUGCUAUCAUGUGUCAGUUGGCAUCUUUGGCCGGUGCUAAAACACUACUAAUAAUACAGUAUCAGUGUCGGAUCAUUAGGGGUGAGGGGCUCUGAAAGGGGAAGUCAGCUGAUUUCUCAGAAUUUCGGCACGGACUGUAAUGUUUGAGGUGUACAAGUCAUUAAGAGUGAACCUACCCGAGUCUUCCGAGUUUUAUAUCCAGUAUUAAUGAUGGUUAAUUGGUGAUGAAUUGGGACUGUUUUGUGUCACCUGUACCUCCCUGCACUCCUUGGGCUGUAAGAAUCCACUUCAAGGCCACAAUCUUUUCAAGACUAUCCUAGAACAGCGUCUCCGUCAUCAGGCAGCGUCAUAACCACUUCGUGUAGGAACUUGCUGUGAGGAGCUUUUAGAGGGGGACGUCUGGUUCCCAUCACCACCACUGUGAACGGCUCUGAGACUCUAGAUCAGAGCGUUUCACCCCAAACCGCUCUGAACGAGUCCGUUUACGUCUGAACAGUUUAAUUAUGCAGAAAUUCUGAAAGAAAAGCGGUUUCCUUUUAGACGCCGCAGUUUUGUUUACCCCGAAGUGAUGGGCGAAGUACAUGAUCUGAGGAUAUGAUCUAAUGAGGGUUUAUGUCUUAAUGUGGGGUGGAAGGGUGGGUUCCUGGCUAGUUUGGGACUUGGAGGGAAAUGAUUUUCACUCAUGUUUACCUUUUUCUGCCCAUUCCCAGGCGGGUAGGAAUCGCUUGAAUGGUUUACGUGAACUGAUCACCUUUAAAACCUUUUUUUUCCUCAUUAAAACAUUUGUUUGCAUUCGUUAUGUAUGUAGGCCUUGUAAAGGUGUGAGCAGCUAAACUGAGCAUUACAAGCUCCAGCGAUGACCCCCAAAUGUCUUACAGUGCCACAACGCCCAGUGAGGAUUUUUUUAAAGGAUUGAAUUAAAUGAAGUAAUUUAUCAGAA